GUAAAGUAUCAGAAGUUAUUCAGAAGAAGUCCAGUCAUGAACGUCGGGGUAGCCACUCUCACUGCGGAAAUGGAGAAAAUAAACGCGUGUCUCUCAAAUAUCGAACGAUCCCAAUCCAGACUACAGCGACCCAGGUCAUAGUUACGCAGUAUUCGGGACUCUUCAAGGUCGCUGUCAAAGCGAUGCGUCCCGGUGCACCCGACUGGUUGUGCAGCUACCACUUCAGGUACCGACACCGUGCUCAUAAGUGCAUCCCGCCGUGCGCGAGGAAAUGAAGCCCCAGUCCCAGUGCAGCAGCUACCCAGCCGGAAAACUAGCGCGGGAGGAACAGACAAAGGUGGAGAUAUUGAAGUGUGCCAAGUGUCACGAUUGGUACCCGACCUUGUGCCACAGGCCCACGAUCGGUGACUGGCACUGCCCGUCCUGCCAACGGAAGCUCAACGAGGUGGUCGAACACGGUGCAUCCCAGCAGCCCAUGGAGCAGACGUUCAACAGAGACUGGGACAUGGAACCAACUCCAAAUCAAAGUUUGGAGAGAAGUCCUCAAGGAGAAGGAGAGCAUGGAGCAAGUCCUUGGUUUUCUAUACGGGAGUGUGCCAAGUGUCACUUAGGGUACCCGAGCUUGUGCAAGAGUCGUGCGGCCACCGAGCUGUCAGUCGUUAGCUCGCACUGUCCGCCCUGCCGGUUUAGGCCCAACGUGAUAGUCGCGCCCGAUGCAACCCAGCAGCCCAUGAAUCAGACUCAAAGGUUGAAGAGAAGUCUUCAAGGACAAGGGGAGCAUGGAGCUGGUCCUUGUUUUUCUAUACGAUGGAAUGUACAAGUAAGGGAAGUAGUACCCGUAUCUGCUGUGGAGGGACGACCCCAGCCCGGCGCCCUGGAGGCAAGCAAGCAAACCGUUGUAAAGCCAAAAGAAAUAAAACAAUAUUCUUCGCCCAGCUCACCCGACCCGUCGCCCGAACAGCUACCGGAACCAACACCCGGCCCCUCCACGAAAUAUGGAAACUACAAAUAAGCAUUGAACUCUCCAGCAAUCAGAGUUUUCUCAAAAAAAAUUCUGCAAAAUCGUUUAUGGAUUUGAAGUGUCGGUGAAGAAUAUUUACCUACAAUAUUUUAAUUAUUAAGCUGUUUAAUAUUUUUACUCAUAAGUUUCAAUUUUAAUGUUAAUUUGAAUAGUUUUUGAUCUAA